CAGCUGUUCUUAUUCUCUGCAGUCGAAGUUGAAUUGACGUUCCGACUGGAUCCUGACAUCAUCAACCUGUCAUACACCAUCACCUGCACCGUUACCGGGGGAACGGUGCUUACAAGCUCCUUUACAGGACCAAGGGGAGAGGUUUACAAUCCGCCAGUUGCCGUGGGAACCCUCCAGAGAUCAGGCAACGAUAACUACGUGGCAUCUGUUACCAAGACGACUGGUAACCAUGGCGAUACCUUCACUUGCACGGCUUCCAAUGGGGUGUCGACGUCAUCGAGAAACCACACCCUCUCCUCGGCUCUCCCUCCCACCAACAUUACCUGGACCCAGAUAGCUUCCUCCGUUAUCAAGGUGAGCUGGGCUCAGCCGGAGGGGGGAGCCCCUGUUCGUAGCUACACAAUCACGGUCAUCUACGGCAACGGGGUGGUGGCUGCGUACAUGACUCUCAAGCCUCGCAGUCGCCAGACGAUGAUCCAGAGAUUGGUCGACGACGAGAGGAAAUACAGAGUCGUCCGUCAUGGCAAUGUCUGAUCAUCUUCCCGGAGUGACCUCCUUCACUGCCUUCCUCACCCGACUGUCUCCUCCACCUCUGACAAUCACCAACAUCACCAGCACAUCCGCGACCAUCAUCCUCUCCCCCUCUCCCCUCCUCUCCGCCAUCACUCCCGACGAUUAUGUCAUCACGAUAGCGAGGGUGGAGGGGAUGCCAGACGGUUGCC